GGGAUCGUCAGUCGUCGACACUGGGGUCAUUCGUUCGCUAUCUAUCACGCCAACUCCAUCAUUCCGUCCCAAGUCGUCACAGGCCCCUCGACCAGAACGUGCCGUCACUCAGGGUCCUGGUGAUGCUCAUCGCCCUGCCUUGGCCUCCAACACAACGACACCCCGAGGCCUUCAGUUGGGCCACUCCUACUCUCCCGGGCCCAAGGCAUCAUCUAUCCACCUACGCCGCAGACUUGGCGAUAUUCCUAAAAAUACUGCCUACGGAGUAUACCAGCAUCCAUUCCCCGCCCCCUCUCUGUUCCUGGCCUCGUCCGGGAACUAUCCCUAGGUGCCUAUUCGUCUUCUUGUUAUCCAACAGCAGCACACCCCAUUCGUUCCGAUCUAAGGACUCGCUCCAUCGCCGGGCCACCUUUCGUCUCCUGUUAAUAAAUCCCCCGACGAAUCCCACAUAAUCAGGUACUCAGCCUGGCUUGUGACCGUAUAUCCUGUAUACCCACAUUUCGGCUCCCACCCACCACACCCAUCGCUGCUUGGUGGCUGCUCCUCUUUGUCCCGCCGGGACCAGCGCGUCACUCGGCCCAGCUUCUGGCAGACCCUGGACCUCUUCACCCGGGUCACCUGCUGCCCGCCCCAGCCCGAGUAUCCGGCCUAUCCUGCACCGUGGAUCACGUCCAUUCCGGGAGGGCUGCAUGACAAGAGCUCAACCCUGCUGUCCAACAGUUGCUGCAUCUCGUCCCACCUCAGCGUCAUCCACUAGGAACGCCUGCCCCAGCCUUCCUUGCAGCCAUCCUUUGCCCACCUAGGCAGUGGUCUGCCUGGACCGACCCACGAGACGAUGGAGCCCGAUCUACCUCAGUCUCCGAACCCUCCACAGCCUCCUGCCGACCCCCAGGCUGACGCGAGACACCGUGCCCACCAACAAAGAGACCCCGAUACGACCUCGACUAUCCUUCAACCACUCCGCCAACGCGGUGCCUGGUCUCCCCACAGACAUUCCGAGGACGAGUCCCGCCGCCGAGUAUCACAUCGAAAGCUCCAAAAGCGACGGCCCCCUCACCUGUCCAGCAUGGACUUCCCCGAACAACUCCAACAGAAAGAUGGGGACGAGGAUCAAGAGGAGGAUGUCUUGCCCAUCGGGCUUGGCAACGGCAACCAAUCCUUCAUGAACCUGAACCAGAGCAUCUUCGGUCUCAUUGCUGCCGCCGGCCCCAAGGUCGACUUCCACGACAGGUUCGAGGGGAACAGCAGCGAGGAAGAGGACGCGGACGAGUCCGACGACGAUGGAGCACGUUCCAAGCAGAAGAAGGACGGCGCUGCCACCGGGAAACUGGCACAGACCACAGUGCUUAAGCAGCCGCCGUCCAAGGCCAACAAGCAACACCGUCGCAAGUUCAGCGACAGCAAACUGAUGAAGUCGGUUCCAAUAUUAUCCAGGCUGUCGACUAAGAGUCGUUCAAAGAGGGGGAGCAAGGAAGCCGUUUCUCAGAUUCAGGAAGAGUCGGAGCCCGAGUCCCCCGCCGGCGAUGGGACGGCAAACGAAGAACUUCGGCUUGCGCCUAUGAUGAGCCGGAUGCUUGAUGCACGUGCUGAGAUGUCGGCACGCCCGAGCUUUGACCUGGAGCGACGUUCAAUCGAUCGAAGGGACGAAUCAUCCGAGACCACGGACCCGGGCCCCUCCGAACUCUCCAAGAGGCUGCAGAAGAUCUUUGACUUUGAGGAGCCCGAAGAGCUCAUUUCAGAAUACCCGUGCUGGCUACUCCAAGGUGUGCUCCUGCAAGGCUAUAUUUACAUAACAUCUAGACAUAUCUGCUUCUACGCAUACCUUCCAAAGAAAGCGCACGAGGUCACCAAGUCUGGCUACCUUUCCAAGUCUGGCAAGCGAAACCCCAAGUACAACCGGUACUGGUUCCGGCUCAAGGGCGAUGUGCUGUCAUACUUCCGUGAUCCUUCGAACCUGUACCUCCCCCAAGGCCAGAUCGAUUUGAGAUACGGCAUCUCGGCCACGAUCACCGACAAGGAUAAGGACGGCCUGCAUUUCUCGGUUGAGACCGACCACAGGACAUAUCAUUUUCGGGCAGACAGCGCACCCAGCGCCAAGGAAUGGGUCAAGUGUCUGCAGCGGGUUAUCUUCCGAAGCCACAACGACGGCGACAGUGUCAAAAUCAGCCUGCCGAUCGCGAAUGUUAUCGACAUCGAAGAGACACAGAUGCUAGAGUUCGCAGACACUUGCAAGAUACGUGUCAUCGACAACGAUGAGACAUAUGCCAUUGACGAGUACUUCUUCUCAUUCUUCAGCUUCGGGAAGGAGGCAAUCGGCGUGCUCAGAAUCCUUAUCGAGGAUUCCACGUCUUCUGCCAACGACAGCCAACCCAGGAAACUUGACGUCCCGCCAACUGUCGACGAAACAGCUGCGGUAGCGACGAGCAGCACACAGACCGGGCUUCAGCCUGGCUUCAAGCCUAGCCCUGGCCUUGCGCCAAUACGCACUGCCAAGAUACGAGACAACGUGAGGGCUACGCUGUCUCCCCUAUCCCCUCAGUCGCCACAGGGCCCCUCUCCUCGCGCUAGUGGUGAUUUCUCGAGGACCAGCUUUGACGCGAUAAGACAAUUUGGCCGAGGGAGUAGGGAUACGAGUCGCCAAGAGAUCCCCCGACGCAGCUACAGCAGGGACAGCCGGUCAGCCAGCAGGCAUCGCCAUGAUGAUAGCAAAUCUGGGGCAGACAAGUUCCCGUCCACAGACUCAAACGCCGAGUCGACCGAGGACCCAAGCAUAGCGAGCAUCUCAGCCAUGACGACCUCCGGGGAGAUGGACCAGUCAGCCAGCCAAAUCCUCAGGGGGAGUGAUGUCUUCCACAGUCCCACGGUUCGGAGGUCAGCCUCAGCUACCAGGGCCAACGAACGCGAGUCGCCUCGCAGUCCCUAUCAGCACGUAUCGCCUGGCCCUAGGCCGCACCAUGCUGCUACCACAGGCCAGGGAAUCGAUCUGUCCUCGGGCGACAAGGCGGAAGGCAGCCCGUCGACGCCAACCCUUCAGGCGAUCAGCAAGAUGGGCUCGUAUCCGUUGCAGAGAGUCGGCGCGUUUGCGGAAUACCUGGGCCGGCACUCGAAGCGUAUGGGUGGCCUGCUGGCUACCGAGUCUGCAGGCUACGCCGGAAAGAUGUCGGGAAUGUGGAAGGGCGGCCAGAGGCACUACGACGAGCCAGCUGCGCUGCGAACAGACGAUGAAGCCGACGAUGAGGAACAGGACAAGGUCUCUGAGCAGCGCUUCCAGGACCAUUUUGCCCUGCCUAGGUCAGAGAAGCUAAGGGCGACCUACUUCGGGUACUUCAUGCGCGUGCUGCCACUUUAUGGCAAGGUUUACAUGAGCGACCGUAAUUUCUGCUUCCGGAGUCUAAUUACUGGGUCUCGCACCAAAUUGAUCCUUCCAAUCCGGGACAUCGAGAAUGUCACAAAGUCGAGUGGCUUCCGUUUUGGGUACGCCGGCUUGGUUGUUGUUAUCCGCGGCCACGAAGAGCUGUUCUUUGAGUUCGGUGACUCGGCGCUGCGCGACGACCUGGCAAUCUUCCUGCUCAGGGGAAUCGAAGCUGCGAAGUUCCUGCGCGAGUCUGAAGAGCUCGGGACUGAGGAAAAGGAAGACGCGCAGAACGCAGAGGAAGAGCACAAGGCUCUCGAGGAAGCUCGGCAUGACGAAUUCCCAGACCAUGAGAUCGCUCUCCCACGCCAGGCUUCGAAUGUGUCCGACGGGCCGACCAUCAUUUUCGAUGAUCCGAAGGCGUCAUUCAUCAACUUCAAACCUGAAAAUUCUCUUCGGAUCACCUGCCUAACUAUUGGUUCCAGAGGUGACGUGCAGCCGUACAUUGCGCUUUGCAAGGGGUUGCUUGCCGAAGGCCACAAGCCCAAGAUCGCGACCCAUGCCGAGUUCAAGGACUGGAUCGAGGGGCACGGUAUCGAGUUCGCCCCUAUCGAGGGCGAUCCCGGAGAGCUCAUGCGACUCUGCAUCGAGAACGGCACCUUCACGGUAGCCUUCCUUCGCGAAGCCAGCUCUACCAUGCGAAGCUGGCUCGAUGGGCUUCUGGCAAGCAGCUGGUUGGCUUGCAAGGGCUCCGACGUCCUCAUCGAAAGCCCUUCCGCCAUGGGAGGCAUCCACAUUGCCGAGAAGCUCUGCAUACCCUACUUCCGGGCCUUUGGCAUGCCAUGGACGAGGACAAGGGCUUAUCCGCACGCCUUCAUGAUGCCCGAGCGAAAGAUGGGCGGUGCCUACAACCUGGUUACCUAUGUGCUUUUCGAUUCGGUCUUUUGGAAGUUCACUGCGCACCAGAUCAACCGGUGGCGCAACAAGACACUGGGCUUGCCAAACACUAGCCUGGAGAAGAUGCAGCCGAACAAGGUCCCCUUCUUGUACAACUUCUCUCAGCACGUCGUGCCUCCGCCGCUGGACUACAGCGAUUGGAUCCGUGUCACCGGUUACUGGUUCCUCGACGAAGGUGGUAAGGACUGGACUCCCCCAGCAGAUUUGGUGGCCUUCAUCGACAAGGCCCGGAAAGACGACAAGAAGAUCGUCUAUGUCGGAUUUGGCAGCAUCAUCAUGGACAACCCCGCUAAGUUCACCCGCGAGAUCAUCGACGCCGUGUUGAAGGCAGAUGUACGAUGCAUUCUCAGCAAGGGAUGGAGUGACCGUCUGGAUCCUAAAUCCGAGGAGGCCCAGAAAGCUGCCGCUGCCGAGGGCGACGAUGCUACCAAGGGGACGCAUGACGGAAAGGGUGGUACGACUGAGGUUCCUCUUCCGCCUGAGAUCUUCCUCAUCAAGUCUGCUCCUCACGACUGGCUAUUCAACCAAAUCGACGCCGCGGCCCACCACGGCGGCUCUGGAACAACAGGUGCGAGCUUGCGGGCUGGGAUCCCGACGAUUGUGCGCCCCUUCUUUGGCGAUCAGUUCUUCUUCGGAAAUCGCGUCGAUGAUCUCGGCGUCGGUAUUCUCCUCAGGAAGUGGGGCGUCAAUUCUUUCGCCCGGGCGCUGUGGGAGGCAACACACUCAGAGAGGAUGAUCGUCAAGGCGAGGGUGUUGGGGGAGAACAUUCGCAAGGAGAAUGGUGUCGACACAGCCAUUCAAUGCAUCUAUCGCGACAUGGAGUAUGCCAAGUCCCUCAUCGAGACGAAAGCUGGCAGGAAUGCAGCCGCAGCCGAACGAGCAGCGACAUCGGGCUCCGACGACCUCGACGACGAUGCCGAGGAGGAGAGCUGGACGUUCAUAGGAGACGACACGGGGCCUGACGAAAAUGACCUGGACAUUGACGGAGUGAUGCGGCGAAGCCAGUUUCUUAUGCCCCUGACUUCGCCCGACGGCCCAUCUGCACGGAACAAGUCGCUCGGGAGCAAGGCGCUGAUGGGCGGGAACAACGCCUCGCUGAUGUCGGCCAAUCCUGCAAUCAUACCGAUGGCCCAGCGCAGCCCGCUCAGCCCGUCGCGGCACAGCGACACGGGCAACGAUAGCUCGAAGGAGAACGAGCGGGGAAGAUAGAGGACCUUCCAGUGCGCCCUUCGGGCGACUCUGCGGCUGAGGGAUGGCCUGCCCUGGAGGGAAUCGUGGAACAGCCUGAAAGCUGAACCUCGACGCUCAGCCACGGAAAGCUUUGCCUUGGAACGGAUCGGGAAACCGUCUUAAGUCUUGCACUGCUGGACCAUCAAGGCCUGAGUAGGCGCAGGGAGCGGGUACCCGGGUGUGGGACGACAGUGAGUCGUCCUUGCAGGAUGGGGUGUGAUGACUAAUAUAAUGAAAAUAACAUACACUGUUGUUUCUGUGGUAAUGAGUCUGGAUGCAGAGGAGUGGAGGAACAGAGCAACAGCCGGCGUGACGAGGAACGGAUGAGAGAGGGCUGCAUCCAUGGGUUCAUGAGGGCUAGACGGGAGUUGCCACGGCUGCUUCCAAGGCGGAUUCUCUCUCCGUUCAUUCUGGUGCAGAGAGGUAUCACGACAACAAUCUGGGUCAGCAUGGCGUUUUAUUCGGAUGGGUUGGCCUUGUGGCCAAAUAUUGUACGCCUCCUAAUGAUAGACGAUGGACAUCCUAGAAUCAGUGUGUUCUGGAAACAGAGCACGACGCUCAAUAAUUCUACAAGUAUUCAUAUG